GGAAAAGUAAUCAGGUGUAGUUUCUUAUCAUGCGAACCAAAAAUGCAAAGCAGGCCGCGAACAAAAGAAAAACAGUCUAUUUCAGUAGAGUGUUUGUUUUUGUAGAUUGAGUCAGUGAUGCACAGACAUCGGUUCUAGCAACGUUUAUAACACAGCGCUGUAUCAUUGGAGUGCGGCGUACAUCUUAAAAUUACGGCGAUAACAGAGCAGUUGGGAGUUUCCAAAGCAGGUUUAAUAACAGUGUGUAGACUUCUUUUCAACAAGUGGAUCGAUCCUGUGUUUGUUUGCCCCACCUUGUUACCUUGAAAGCCGAAGGAAAUUAAAGGUGUUUCGGUUAUAAACCUGUCCACCUUCCUUUUGGAGUUUAAUAACCAUGACUUCAAUAAGAGAAGGAAGGGCUGAAUCCAAGGCAGGAAGAUUCGACAGGAAGAGGAAACAGCAGCGGAUAAAGCGCUACCGGUCGGACGGGUUCGUGGUGGGUCUGGACCUGAACAACUCCGAGGAUGAACUGGACGCUCCAGACGGAAGUUCCGACGCCGUCAACUUCCUGUCUUGGCUCCGGAACCCCAGCCUCCAGAACCUGGUCAAGCUCCGGAAGAGCAUCAAGCACAAUGACAGCGACUGGAUGAUGGAGUUCCUGGAGUAUGAUGGUCUGGGACUGCUGUUCCAGUGCCUGAAGAACCUCAGUUCCCGGGAAAGUUUCCAUCUGUCGGAGAUGGUGCUGAGGUUGGAGUGUAUCAUGUGUAUCCGGGAAGUGGUCAACUCCCAGACCGGCCUGGACUGUCUGCUGAAGACAAAGGGACGCAAGGACAACAUAUUCGGCAGGAGGUUUGCCUCGGCUCUGGAGAACAAGAACCUGAUGGUGAAGAUGCAGAUAUUUGAGCUGCUGUCUGCCCUGUGUGUCUACUCUAGGGAGGGAUUCUACCUCACCCUGGACGCCCUGGAGACAUACCGCACAUGGCGGAAGUUGCCCUACCGCUUCAGCCUGCUGGUCAACGAGCUACGGUCCGCCAACCUGGUGACGUACCGCACCACCCUGAUGGCGCUGGUUAAUGCCGUGGUGGUGGCCAACGAGGGCCUCCAGGAGAGGGUUAGGAUCAGGAACGACUUCGUAUACAUCGGCAUACUGGACACGAUCUCGACCCUGCGGGAGGAGGGGGACCCCGACCUGAACUUACAAUGUGACAUCUUUGAGGAGGAGCUGACAGCCGACUCCGAGGCCAUGGAGGAACAGAGGAAGGCGGCCAGUGUGGAUAUAAGCGACCCCGAGGCUCUGUUCAAGGCCAUCCUCUCACGGGUUGACAAUUCACCAUUGUGUUCAUCCUUUCUCAGUGUUCUGUACAACAUUUUCCUGAUAGACACAAGUCAGGCUCGUAGUGAACAGAUCUGGAAUUCAAUAGAGAGACUCGUACAGCAGGUGACACAGACAGACACACAGGGAACUAGAUCCACCGUCCGUAGAGAGUCCUCCCUCCAUCUAACGUCUACAAUACACAUAGAGAGCAAGGAACACAAAGGCACUCAGACAGAGUGGGACACAACAACAGCUCCCCACCACGGGGGUCUGCUCCGUGGCAAGAGUUUAUCUACAGAGUCCAAACACACGAUAUCAGACAGACUGACACAAGCAACCGCCCAAUACAGGACUAGUGGCACAUCGUCUGUGAACUCACUGGAAUCAGGCGCUAUCAUCACGGCACCACCGCCCCCUCCCCCACCCCCGCCGGCUCCAGGCGCACCUGCUCCACCUCCGCCACCCCCUCCUCCCCAAGGGGUAGGUGGGCCUCCCCCACCUCCGCCCCCUCCUCCCGGCCCCGGAGGGAUCCAUCCGCCACCUGCUCCUCCUUGCCCAGGUGGAGUACCACCACCCCCGCCACCCCCUGGGGGCAUGCCUUUACCACCUGGGGCGCCCCAGGCGCCUGGAGUGGCAGCAAAAGCAGCAGAGCCUCUCCCACCCCCGAUCAGUACCCCAGAGCCACACUGUAAACUCAGACAUAUCACGUGGAAUAAGAUACCCAAUGUUGCAUUCCACAAGGAGAGUGUCUGGGGAGACGUGCUCAAAAUGACGGACAAAAUAAAGGUAGACUACUCUGAGCUGGAGCGGCUUUUCGCCGACAAAGAACGCGUUGCUGUGAGGCAGGAGUUACAAGUAGACCAGAAGAAGACUCUGAUGAAGAGGCUGUCCUCCUCCAACGAGGUAACGCUGUUGGAUCCAAAGAAAAGCAUGAAUGUGAACAUCUUCCUGAAACAGUUCCGGAAGUCUAUAGAGGUGAUCAUUGACCUGCUGAGGGCGGGGGACCCGCGGGCAUUCGGUGUGGAGAAACUGAAAGGACUGUCCAAGGUUCUCCCACAGACAGACGAGAUCGAACUCAUUCAGCACUAUGACGGGAGUAUAGGAAAACUGGGAGAGGCCGAGAAGUUCUACCACUACCUGAUUCAGCUCCCAAACUUCCAGUUCCGGAUCGAGGCCAUGAUCCUUAAGGGGGACUUCAAUGCCCAGCUGGGCGCCAUCAGACCGAACUUCCAAGUUCUACACACGCUGUGUCGGCGACUGUUUGACAACCAUUCCCUCAAGACGUUCCUCCGAUACGUCCUUCACACCGGGAACUUUCUGAACAAGGGCAGUGGUUCCGGUAACGCGCUCGGGAUCCGGAUCAGUUCUCUGGAGAAGUUGAUGAACACUAAGUCCACGACCUCCAAACGGACCCUGCUCCACUACUUGGUGGAGACGGCGGAGGACAAGGAUCCGGAUGCUCUGGCCUUUGUGGACACGCUGCUGGAACCUCUUCAGAAGGCCUCAAGGUUUACAAUGGAGGGUAUUACAGUGGAGUUUAAUCAGCUGAGGAAGCUUGUACAUCGACUGAAGCGUCAGUGUGAUCACGUGGAGGAUGACGUGAAGUCUCAGUUUACAGAGUUUCUGGAGGAAGCCGACGCGGACCUGGAGGAAACCCAGGAUGUGAUAGAGCGGAUACGGAAGCAGGCCACUCGCCUGGCGCAACACUUCUGUGAGAACGAAAAAACAUUCAACCUGGACGAAUUUCUGUCCACGUUCAGGCAAUUUUGUGAAAAAGUCAAAGCCUGUCAACAGGAGUUAGAAACUCAACGUCAGAAGGAAGAAACAGAGGAAAAAAGACGCAAAGCGCAAGAGGACAAAGUAGACCGUAGAAAAGUUUGUUUUAAUCCCUCCACAAAAACUGAGGACAGAAAGAUAGUGGACAACAUUGUUGACGAGAUCCGCCGGGGGAAGGUGCUGAGGAGGCUGUCCCUCCGGAAAAAGAACAAUGUGACGGGAGGGGUGGGCAACGGCUGUUAGAGAGAGAGAGAGAGAGAGAGAGAGAGAGAGAGAGAGAGAGAGAGAGACAGACAGACAGACAGACAGACAGACAGACAGACUACUUUAAUUAUGCUAAUGUUAUUCUUUUUGUGUCAGUUGGUUAAUUUGAAAUAAAUUUAUCCUAAGAACA